AUGUUGAAGCUUCUGAUCAUCUGUGCGACAAUUUCAGUUGUCGGCUGCGUUGAUCACAAAUAUCGAGGUAAUUUUACAAAUUAUUGGAAUUUUUGGGGAAAACGGAAAACUGUAAAAAAUCUGAAAAAAAGUCUUUAUUCAAAAGUUGCAAAACAAAUAAUUUUAUGGUUUGCAAAAUAAAAACUACGGCUUUUUUUCGGAAACGACAUUUUUUUCAUCUGGCCUGAAACGGUUUAUUAUUUUUUUUCUAUAGUCAAGUUUCGGUUAUAAAAAGAAACUUCGGAAUUUCCCAUUUUUGUCAUUUUACCGGUUUUCAGAAACUGUCCCGCGCUUUAAGACACCAUACAUUCCCAGACAUGAGGUGUAUCUAGGUGAUAAGGUAAUUCUUCGAAUUUCAGUGAAAGGUUUGAAAAAAGUCCUUUCAGGUUCGUUUGAACUGUCAAACGACGUCCGUAGGACCUACCACUGUGGAAUGGUUCCGCAACGGGAAACAUUUGAAAGAUGAGCUCAAUGAUCCACGAAUAAAACAGGAUUCCAACCAAAUGACGCUGGACGUUAAGAGAGUCGACGUCUCGGAUCAGGUAUAAAUUUAGAGUUUUUCUUCAAUUUGUCAAGUUUUAAAUAUUGAUAUUAUGUUUUUUUGUCUACAGAUUCGACACAUCUAAAAUCUGAUGAAAAAAAUGCAUUUCAGCCUGAAAAAAAAAUUCCAGAAAAAAAGAAGAUGAGCUAUGAAAACUUGAAACCGAGCGGUGAAUGAAAUUUUAGAUAACUCAACAUUAUUUAGUUUUUGAGAGAAUCCAUGAAGUUUUCAGGGUUUGUGGUCAUGUACUGUUCAUAACCCGGUCGGCCAGAUUUCGAGGAACUUCACUAUUGAGAUAAUUGGUACGUUUCUGAUUCUUGUGCAGUGUGAUUUUGUGUGAUUUUCAAGUUUUCUCUAUGGCUAUCUGUGAUCACUCUAGAGCAUGAUAGUGGAUUAAAAGCUCUAUCGAAUUUUCAAUAUUUGAAAAAAAAAAUCGAAAAUUUUGAAUUUGAAGCCGUUUCGAACCUUUUGCGACUUUUUCGAGGCGGGCUCUAUUUUUCUCAUUUCUUUUUUCGGAAAAGUGCUGUGGUGAUUCGCAUGUGUGAGUUGCAGACUUCUGCGACUAUUUCAUGAUUCCGAGGAUCGACCGACGCCGAAUCCCGAUGGAAUGUGUUUGCCUGUGGCGCUAUACUCGAGAAAAAGUCCGAAACGACGUCGACUUCUCCGUCGCCACAGAGAAGACGUGCAGCAAAUACGCAUCUCGGAUGAUUUCUCGUGCACGAAAGCCCUUUACCAAAAGUAUCUGUUUUGAUCCUCCGUGUGAAGACGGAGCGAACGCUACCGCCACUCAGCAUGUCGUCAAGCAUGAACUCGAACUCGAAAGUGAGACUUCUAGACGUCUUUUACUCUUACAGAUCCCAUCAAGCUGUUUGACUGGCUCACGGAGAGGAAAAUCGAAGAUGUGACCCAUUUGUUGCCUCAGCUUGUGCCUUUUGCGGAGAUGAGACGUCUGAGGAAAAUGUUGAAAGACUGGCACACUUUGAGCCCUCAGCAGAAACUGGAGAGAGCUCGGCUCAUUGUUGAACUGCGCAGUGAACAAGCCGUCGGUAGGCGGGAAUCGUGAAAAAGCGAAAAAUAUCGGAGUUCAAAAAUAGAUGUAGCGGAACACUGAGAUUUUUCUGAAGCUUUGAGUUAAGGUUGAUAUGUACAAAAACCAGGUUCAUAACAUGGAAAUUUUUCUACACAAAAACUGUAAAUAAUUUUUUUCGGUAACUUUUUGAACCUUAAUUGAGGACUUUUUUUGCAGAAAAUAGGAAAAAAUCUUUGAAAAUUAAUGCGAAAAAACCACCAUUUUCCUGAUAUCUGAAUUUCAUCCUCUCUUCUCCAGACCCUGUCAGCGAAGAAGAGGAUGAAGACAUCGUGACAGGCGAAUUGGUCGCUCCGGAUGCGAUGCCACAGCAGCUCAACACUACAGAUGGUCGAAACACUUCCGGAUGACCCAAUAAUGGCAAUUUUUUCAGCUCCUCCAGUUUUCAAAGACACGGACCUCGUAAAAACGAUCGCCGUUCCAGCUGGAAGAACUUUGCGACUCAACUGCCGCGCAGAUGGAUUCCCAGAGCCGAAGGUGAACAUUGAAAUGAGCUUUGUUUUUAAACUAGGAAAAAUCUGAAGCUUUACAAAAAAAGAGCCAUUAGCCAGACUCAAUCAGAUGUUUUCUUAGAAACUUAGAACUGUUGGUUCUUUUGACGAAUUAUUUGCGAGUUUGAGAAAAAAACUUUAGAAUUUAAAAUUUUGAGUUAGAAAAAAAUAAGUUUGGUUUAUGGAUAAGGCAUCACAAACCAAAAAAAGAUGUUUAUUCAUUUCGAAGGGUAUUUCAAAAUAAGAUGUUUCUCUUAAAACAAAAGUAUUUCCUUCUAAACCUCAAUGUACCUUCCUAAUUUGAGGUCGCCUGGUUCAAAGAUGGGUAUCCUAUCACAAAAGAGUCAAUGAGAGCUUCUGGAUCAGACUACAAAAUCCGUCGUUGGACUUUGGAGCUUGAAGAUGCAGUUGAAUCAGAUACUGGCAUGUUUUAUUGCGAGGUAAUGAUAGAAAAUGAGCGCUCAAAUCAGGAGCAUGAUUGAGGCUUUCAAUCAUCUCGACUCCGCGAACAAAACUUUCAACGUCACGAUUGUCAACCGUAUGAGAAGACCGCCAAUUAUUGUUCCGAAUGUUUUGAAAAACCAGACGGUGAGAUAUCUCUUUGGUUUUUCUGUAAUGACCAAGAUUCAGGUAAACGUGAACGGAACUGCUCAGUUUCAUUGCAAAGUGGUUUCUGAUCUGAUUCCUCACAUCAUGUGGGUACGGGUGAACAGAGUCAAUGGAACUUAUCAUUACUUCAAUGAAACUGCAAAGGAGUUUAUGUUCAACUACACAGAAGUUGAGAAAAUCGAGGUUUGUUAUAUUUUUUGGAGGGAAAACUGCUUGACUUUGUCCAAAAAGCUCAAAAAAAGUUCAGAACAUCAUGAAAAAUGUAUUGUGAUAAUAUCAUUGAAAUUAACAGGAAAUAAUUUUUUUUUCGAUGUUUUUUGUGUUUCAGAACGCCCACGUCCAUCACCGAGGCGACGAAUCUUCCUUGACAUUGUCUAACGUGACAAUGGAUCAUCAAGGACUUUAUGCUUGUCUCUGCGGAAACUCACUUGGAACUGUUAGAUUUAUCUCUCAAAAUUCAUCCUAAUUUUUUUAUUUUUUUCAGACAAUGGCUAAUGCAACCCUGACUGUCAACGAUUUCGUCACAAUCCAUUUGCUAACUGGAGAAGAAGAGCCGGAAUCUACGCCUUGGAACUUCGGUACCGAAAUUUUUCAAUGAACUUCUAUUAUGUCGAGUUUCAGUGAGUAUGCUGGCGGUGGUAUUAGCAAUAUCUUUGCUCAUGACGGCUACGUUAGCGUUCAUCACUUGGAGGAACUACAAAAGGAAAUUGAGAGAAGAUGCGAUUGGGUUGAUACCAAAAAAGAAGAAGGUAAAUUGGUUAUUUAUUCUAGAGCUUUGUUGAAACUGAAAAAUAAGAUUACUAAUCUGAUGGUUGAAAAACAAAAAUAAAAACAUGGACAUACAUACUUUAUAAACUUCUUCUUCUUUCUUUUAGUAAUUUGGUAAAAGAGUAGUAGGAAAACCUCUGAAUUGGAAGAAAAAAACACGAAAGUUUCUUCGUUUAAAGAGCCUUUGAAACUUCGGAAAAUCAGACUGAUUUUGAUGAGAAAUAAUUCACGAGUAUGACAUGAAGCCUUUCGAACUUAGCUUUGACAAAACUUCUGAAUAGCAUGCUAGUGUUUUGUAUGAUUCAGAUUCCUGAAUUUCUCUUCCAAAAUUUUUCAAAGCUUUAAUUUUUCAGGUAAUCGUCACUCACAAAAAAGCAGCUGAUGACAAAGAUUGGCCAGAUCUUCCUCCUUCCUAUCACAUCCAGGUUUUUAUCAACCUGAUUUAAACCUGAAAAUAUUUGUUAAUUUCAAGAUCAUCGAAGAGCCCAUGCCAAAAAACGCCGGUCGUCGUAGGCAGAGGGUCAAUUCCGAAGCAAUGCUUUCGGAGUAUGAAAUCGAUCCGGAUCCAGAAUGGGAAAUCGACCGAACUAGGUUUUUAUCAUUGACAAAGGCCAGAAAAAUGGAGGAAUUUGUAGAUUGCGGCUGGUUGAUGUAUUAGGAGAAGGCGCGUUUGGAGAAGUUUGGAGAGCGAUGUUGAAGCCGGAUGAGAAAGAAGCUGGAGAGGUAACUUUUGAAAAAGGAAAAAGUUGUAAGGAAAAAAACAUCUUCACAGGAAAUUCCGGUUGCUGUCAAGAAGUUGAAGUCCUCUGCCCAUGAAAAAGAACUCAUCGACUUGGUGAGCGAAAUGGAAACCUUCAAGGCGAGUUCUUAGAACAAGUUUUGAAUUUAUAGAAGUUGUUUCAGGUAAUCGGUUAUCAUGAGAACCUUCUCCGUCUUGUUGGUUGCUGCACAGGUACAGGUCCUCUCUACGUGGUGCUCGAACUUUGUCGGCAUGGAAACUUGCGGUACAUCCGCCUUUUCCGGACUUCUAAUUAAUUUAAAUGUUUCCAGAGACUUCCUGAGAGCUCACCGACCAAAGGAUGAAAAAACAGACAAGAAAAAAAUGGAUGGAGACUUGAUGGAUUACCUCGAGCCUAGAAAAAUCAACGAUAAACAGCCCGAUAGGGUGAGUUUCCUUCUUGUCAUGCUAUUCCCAUGAUUAUUCAAACUUUCAGGAGCUCAUCCCACACUUGACCCAAAGACAUCUUGUUCAGUUUGCUUGGCAAGUUGCCAGAGGAAUGGAUUUCAUGGCCAGUCGGAAAGUAGUUUUAUACUGGUCAACCAGAAAAACGAGUUUUCACAGAUUAUUCAUCGAGAUCUUGCUGCCAGGAACGUUCUUGUGGCUGAUAACCACACGUUGAAAAUUUCUGACUUUGGUCUCUCUCGGGACGUCCACUGCAACGAUUAUUACAGGUGAAAUGUUCGAAAAAUGUGAAAAAGAACCGAAAGUUCUUCCAAUCAAUUGAGUUCAUAGCAAAAUUUAAAAAAAGAACGUCCAGGAAAAAAAUAGAAAUUUUGACUUUCGUGAAACAGCAAUGUAAUCUAAAAUUUUUUUUGAAUUGACAAAGUUCCAAUUCGAAUUUCUACCGUCAUAUAAUAUUUUGUUUUCUAGGAAAAAAGGGAAUGGCCGACUUCCGAUCAAAUGGAUGGCUCUUGAAGCUUUGGAUUCCCACAUGUACACCAUCGAAAGCGAUGUGUUAGUUAUUUCGAAAAACAUCAUUUUGCUCAAGUUAUUUCUAUUCAGGUGGUCAUUCGGAAUUUUGCUUUGGGAGAUAAUGACCCUCGGCGGGACUCCAUAUCCCACCAUCGCUAUGCCACAGCUUUAUUCCACGUUGAAAGAAGGAUAUCGGUAUUUUUGUAUAGGUUAUUCUGCUUCUUAUUUCUGGAUUGCAGUAUGGAAUCGCCGCACAACUGCCCAGAAGAAGUCUACAGCAUCAUGGUCGCUUGCUGGCAGGAGAAACGGGAAAGUCGGCCAUCUUUUUCCACGAUCGUGGACUAUCUUGACUGGAUGCUGGCCCAGAGUACGAAUGUGCCCACUGAUGAAGAAUUGGUAAUUUCUCAAAAAUGCAAGUGCUUCUUCAUAUUUUAUUCAGGCCGCUCAACUGCUGGACACUCCUUUGAGCCAGAACUCGCCAAGUUCGGCAAUCGGCCAAUUUUCAAAGCCAAGACGCCAGAGACCCCUUUCCGUUCCUGUUAAUCUCCCAUCAAAUGUACGUUUUAUGAUUGUGAAAAUCCAUUAUGAGCGUCUUCCACCAAAAGCUUCAAUGUUAGUUCGGUACAUUGGAUGUUCAUUUCAUUUCAGAAGAUUCUUAUGAGUCUCUAAAUACGCUUUGAACAAGACGAUCACUAAAAAGUGGCUCAAAAUUGGUUAAUUUUUGAAACAAAGGAUCAUUAUUUUGAAUUUCAAUUCAGCCACAACACUCAAUUUGUGACGAUGAAGAGGAAAGCGAAGUCCUCAACAGUACUGACUACCAACCUUCCAUCACGACUCCGUUGAUCCAGGACUACUGCAACAGUGAUGACAACGCCAAUAUCCGGUUGCCUUUCCAGAGGAUGUUGCCUCGUCAGCAGACCGGUAACCGUUUUGAUAAAUUGGAUGCUCUUCUAACGUCCCGACCUGUGCCAAAAAUACGGGGACCCUUCGAAAACUUCUGAUAAUAGUUUCCCUCUUUUUAACUUCGAGGUUAUCUGCAAAGCCGUCCUCAAGAUAUUUUAAACCGCAAACCGGAUUUUGUCGAACGACCUAAAGCAAUUAUUUCAAAAGCCGAUGUCGGUCAUGAUCAAAAAAAAAAUUCUCACAAAGACACCUUUAUUUUUUUUUUUGAAGUAUAACAUUUUUUCUCUGCAACCACAGCAAUUUUAAUUGAAUCGGAUGCAAACGGACAAGAAAUCUUCACUCAAUCUGGAAUAUUCAGACCCUUGCUCCGAAUCGUCGGCAGAUCCAGGCAUGCCGGACACCUUUGGGUACGUGCGGCCAGCCGCUCUAACGCGAGUUACCAAUCUUGCCAACCAGUCGCUUGACUCGGCGAUUGGCUCGCCGGCCUGGCACACAAAUGAACGGACCUCUAACCAAAAUCUCACCGGGGGUGCUUGUUUAGGUUCGUGCUUAAUCGCUUAUUACACUUCACUCUGUGUGCUGCUUUUUUUGUCUUUUUUGUUAAUUUUUAGUUUUAUUCUGUUGGAAUAUUCUCAGUUUAACGGAAGUCUGUGAAAUCUAGUCUAUCAAAGAAGUCCUACUUGGGUCUUGAAAAGCCCGAAGAAUAUAGACAGUUUAUCUUUUCUCCAGGAGUCGUCCAAUUCCGAUUAUUUUUUUAAAAUCCCGAAAUACAUCUUUUUUUGAGAAAAGUCCAGCGCUUCUGAAAGUUCGCCAAGCCUUUUUUUAACACUCAGAAAUAGAAAAUGCAGUAACGUUAUUAAUUCAUAAUGAGAUGCCAAAAAAAGCGUAUAAACACUUUUUCGAAAAAAACUGAAAACUCCAAAUAAAAAAAGUUUUGAGAAAUCAAUUUUUUUGUUCACCCCGUGAAAAAAAUCCUUUAGAAAAGCGCUAGAUGUAGAUACAUCAAUUUUUAUUUCGAAUUAAAGAGUUUAAUCCACUUUAGCACUAGAAAAUUAGUGCCAAAAUCUAACCACAUACAAAGGCCAUAGAUCCAACUUUAUUUUUCAUUAGUUUAAUUCUAGCUUUUUUCUGUUUUAGAAUAAACCGCUGACAUGCGAAAUUCCGUUGCUUUUUUGGUUGCUCUGACUUUUUCCUUUUAUUUUCUUCUUUUUGUGGACCGCAUCUUAACCCACCCCACCGUUUUUCUCUUUUUCAUUCUACUUUUUGUGGGAAUUUCAGAAAAAUGAUUCUUUUUCAGCUACAGACAGCCCUUUGACUACGCGACAUAACCGCGACUACAUCAACAUAUACCCCAAUUCCUUUCAAAACACGCGUUUUCCAUUUUCCGUCGAUAAUUGUAAAGAAACGAAUAUGAACAGGUUUUUUUGAGAAAUAACGGUAAUAUUAGAGUAUUUUGAAAGUUUCAGGUCAAAGGACAGUGCAAUCAGCGACGUUUGUCAUAUCACGCCUCAUGGCAAGUGCACGCCUUUUUCGACUUCCACCUUAGUUCAUCCCACUACUUAUCCUGCUAACCGGUGGUGAGAAAUUCAUACUUGAUUUUAUACAAGUUUAGAAAAAAAUAGCUUGAAAUACCUCGGUCGUGUUUUUUUUGGAGUUUUAAAUGGAAAAAAAUUAUUGAUUGAAGGUUUAUUGAGCGCUAUUCGAUAGAAGAAAAGUAUUUCUUAAGUAACCAGAGCUUGUAAGACUUCAGAAAACGGAAAAAAAAACACGAAAAAAACACUUCUUUCAGUCGAAUCCUUCCAUUUUCGGAAAGUUUGUUUUCCGAUUCUAAAUUAACACGUCCCCUCCAAAACAACAAAAGUAGGUUGACGUAUUACAUGAGUUUCCUGUUUCAGGCCUUCGUUCGCCGCGCGCGAGCCGCUCAAGGACACCGAAACAAUCGUUUAA